GGGGGAGCGGCGUGAGCGGGACGGGCGGGACUGCGCCGCUCCUUUCGGCUCAUUUCGGCCCAUUUCAGCCCAUUUCAGCCCGUUUGAGCCCACCUGGAGCCAUCAGGGAGAUUUUCCCGGGGUCACAGGCAGCGCCUCCCGAGCUCCAGAGCGAGCGGAGCGGCGGGGAGCAGGGAGCGCGGACAGAAAGUUACAAACGAGAUCUUUUCGGCUCGUUUCGGACCAUUUCGGACCAUUUCAGCUCAUUUGAGCCCACCUGGGAGCCAUCAGGGAGUUUCCCCCCGGGGUCACAGGCAGCGCCUGUCCCUGCAGCGCCUCGGAGCGAGCGGAGCGGCGGGGAGCACAGAUCACGGACAGAAAGUUGCAAACCAGAUCUUUUCGGCCCGUUUCGGCUCAUUUCGGACCAUUUCAGCCCGUUUUGACCCGCCUGGGGGCGGACAGGGAGUUUCCCCGGGGUCUCUCCCUCGGAGCGAGCGGAGCUGGAGCGCAGAAAGUUCAACCCAGAUCUUUUCUCUUUGGCACACGCUGCAAUAGGAGCGCUGGGCUCGGACAGAAAGCUCAACCCAGACCUUUUCUCUUGGGCACACGCUGCAAGAGAAGCGCUCGGCUUCUCGCCACGGGACAGCACAACUCCGGCGCUCGCCGCGCGUUUCCGUGAGUUUUCCUCCGGUCGCGGGAGUUUAUUCGGAGUUAAAUGAAGAUACCGAGGGGCGAAGCAAGAAAACAGCGCUCGGAGGGUCUGCGAGGAUAUUUUGCCAGCGCUGAAGGGAUGGACCUUUUGAACCUGCAUGGAAAAUGUCCCUUUUGAUACCAACAGUCGCAAAGGAAAACUUUUGAUUGGAACCUUACAGGAGUUUGAGUCCAGCUGCACUUUUAGCCUUGCGUAGACCAUGGAGAGUUUGUUAUCGCUGCUCUGUUGCCAUUAUUCCUUGCUGAUUUUAUUUCAGCAGAAAUAUCAGGUGUACGGGAACCAUUCCCAGCUCCCCAAACACCCAGGGUUCAAAGUGCUGGCAUCAGCCUCCCACUAUUGGCCCCUGGAAGACGUGGAUGGGAUCCGGGAGUUCCGCGACACCAACGGAGCUCUAAGAAUCCACAACUUCACUGUGCUUCCUCCCCAUAACUCUACCUUUGUAAAUACCAAUGACUCUGCCUACUCUAACUCCUCUGCAACUGUAGAUAUUGUAGAAGGGAUGGUGAACAAAGGGAUUUACGUGACUGAAAAGAAAGGAGUCACCUUUCUCUUCUUUGGGAGCUACAGAAAUUCCUGCAUCAGUAAUCCAGAGGCGUGUGGGCCUGAAGGGGUGACGUUCUCCUUCUUCUGGAAGACCCAGGACCAGCAGGCCAAGCUUCUCCCGGCCUCUGGGGGCCGAGUGAUCUCCAGCGGCUUCAGAAUCUGCUCCAGCGAGGGCGAGGGCUCCGUGGAGUUCUACACCCGGGGCAGUGCCAUGAUGAGGUGGAAAGCGAGCUUCAGCCCACCAGGUCCCUACUGGACGCACGUGCUGUUCACCUGGCGGUCGCGGGAAGGCCUGAAGGUGUACGUGAACGGCACGCUGAGCACCACGGACCCCGAGGGCAAGGUGUUCUACGACUACGGGGACGCCAGCCCUGACCUGCUGGGCACGGAGGGAGCGGCCCCGCGCUCAGUCAGCGGCGCCUUCGACGAGUUUGUGAUCUGGGAGAGGGCGCUGAGCCCGCGCGAGGUGCGCCAGUACUUCACUGCCGCCGUGGGUGUGCAAGUCCUGCUCUCCUCAACACUGCCCUGGUCUCUGAUGACAACCACGACAAGCCCUGCGCUCCCCACGGACGCGUACCAGCCGGUCCUGGCAGCGCUGGGCCAGCACAGGGGCAGCUCCCCCUCGGCCCUGUCCCUGCUGGGGCACCUGCAGAACGUGUCCUGCAGCCUGCCCAGCCGAGCCCUGGCGCAGCACACGGCCCUGAGCCUGGCACAGGCGUUUUUGAAAGCUAUUGAAGACUUCCUGUUGCUGUCUGACUGGAUUGAUGGACCAGAGAGCCCCGCCGUGCUCAGCAGCCUGAUCCACACCAUCGACACGGUGCUGGCUCACCUGUCCCUGCACCUGGAGGGGAACUCGCUGCCUCUGACCCUCGAGGGCUCCUCGCCCGUGGCAGAUUACGCCGUGGUCAAAAUGCUCCCUCAGAGCCUGAACGUGUCCCACUAUCGGUUCCCAUCCCGGGGGCAGAGCUACAUCUCCAUUCCCAGCGAGGCUUUCCAUGGGAAAGGCUGCAUCACCAUCGUGGGCCUGCUCUACCACAGCAUGCAUCACUUCUUUGACAACAUCAACCCCGAGGACACCAGGAUUGCUGGAGCUGCUGCCCACCGGGGCUCCCUGAUCUCAGCCAGCAGUUUGCUCAUCUCCAUCAAGGUGGAGCCCCUGCCCCAGCUGUCCCACAACCUGUCGGGCUCCCCCCUCAUCACCAUCCAGCUCAGCCACACCCUGACGCCCAGACAAUACAGCCAAGCACUAAAUAAAAGCAACAGAGUUCAUCUUUACUGUGCAUUCCUGGAUUAUAGCAACGGCAGCGGCGUCUGGUCCGACGAGGGCUGCGUGAGGCAGAGCGGGGACCUCAACUACUCCGUGUGCCUCUGCAACCACCUCACCAACUUCGCCAUCCUGAUGCAAGUGGUGCCCCUGCAGCUGACGAGAGAACACCAGGUGGCCCUCUCCUCCAUCACUUACAUCGGCUGUGCUCUGUCCAUCCUCUGCCUGACGAUCACCCUGGUCACGUUCGCCGUGCUGUCGUCUGUCAGCACCAUCCGCAACCAGCGCUACCACAUCCACGCCAACCUGUCGAGCGCCGUGCUGCUGGCCCAGGCCCUGCUGCUGGCCAGCUUCCAGUUCAGCCCCGCAACCCUGCCUUGCAAGAUAUUGGCCAUUCUCCUUCAUUUUUUCUUCCUGAGUGCAUUUGCCUGGAUGCUGGUGGAAGGAUUUCAUCUUUACAGCAUGGUGAUCAAAGUAUUUGGGUCAGAAGAAAGCAAGCACUUAUAUUAUUAUGGAAUUGGAUGGGGCUGCCCACUGGUGAUCUGUGUCAUUUCUGCCUCCUCGUCCCUGGACAGCUACGGAGAAAGUGGCAACUGCUGGCUCUCCCUGGAGGACGGAGCGAUCUGGGCGUUUGUGGCACCAGCCAUGUUUGUCAUUCUGGUCAACAUCGGCAUUCUCAUCGCUGUCACGAGGGUCAUCUCCAGGAUCAGCGCAGACAACUACAAGGUCCAUGGGGAUGCUAAUGCCUUCAAACUAACAGCUAAAGCCGUGGCUGUUCUCUUACCAAUCCUGGGCAGCUCGUGGAUCUUUGGCAUUUUGGCUGUCAAUGCCCACGCUUUAGUAUUUCAGUACAUAUUUGCUGUUUUUAAUUCACUACAGGGAUUUUUCAUGUUCCUGUUUCACUGUCUUCUGAACUCAGAGGUUAGAGCUGCCUUUAAGCACAAAACCAAGGUCUGGUCCCUCACCAGUAGUUCAACACGCAACAUCAAUGUGAAGCCCUUCAAUUCAGACAUUAUGAGUGGGAACAGGCCAGGCACAACCCCCACCAAGCUGAACACCUGGGAUAAAAGCAGCAAUUCAGCAAACCGCGUUGAUUUAUCAGCAGUGUGACAGGAGCAGCAGCUCCUCAGAGGAAACCAAGCCGUACAUCAGGACCUCCACACCGUGUCCACCAGCUGUUCCUCACUGCCAGUGACAGCACAAAACUGGGGUUUGAAUCACUGCCUAAUGAAUUGGGAAUUGCCAUGUUGUUUUGUUGAGUAAAUAGCCCUCGUUGCUUUCCUUCAGAACUGUAACACGUUCUAGCACUUGACCAUUAGCAAUACCUGUAAAAAUGACCAGCACAAAUAUACACUGGAUGGUUUUGUCAGCAAUGAUGAAAACACUAGGUAUGCAAGGAGGGCUUAUUGCUCCCUGAAUCAUUCCAGCUCCCAGAACUGAGGGAAAGCAACAUACCUCUGAAAAGAUGGGUUUUUAUGCUCCAAAAUGAAAUGCUUCCCAUUGUGAUGUUGUAAUGAGACUUCCAGACUUGCUGUGCUCUCUCUGUUUACAUUUUUUACCUUGCAGAAUUAUCAAAGUGAAGUUGAUUCCAAAUACAUAUUAUGGUGUUUAUCUUAAUGCUACAAGGAGGCCAGGCCUUGAGGGAGAAGCAGGUUCCAGCUCCCCACUCCCAACGUGGGUGUGGAUGAGCAAAGCUGAUAAACGCAUGGACAUCACCUGUGAGGUGUAAAUCUCCUGGAUGUGGCCUGUUAGCAUUUUAGCUCCUCCUGUUGCCGUGUUAUCAGAGGCAAAGCUGGCUGUGGUGGUCCUAGAGCAGCCCCCAGCGCCUCUGUUGCUGCUCUGUGUCUGUAUUGCCAUACAAAUUAUCAAUUAUUCCCCUGCUUAGCCUGCAGCUCAGGGCUGCAAUCCACAGCUCUCCAUCGAGUGCAUUUUGCAAACUCGCUGUGGCCUCCAGGAGCCAAGAGCUGGCACUGUGACUUACCUUGCUCCUUUUUCUGGUCGUUUUGAGACACUGAACUCCUGCCACGAGGGUGUAACACACUGAUAUACUGUGAAGGCAGCCAGCCUGCAAACAGCUCUGUGUAUUGUUUCCUGCAGACAGCUUUUAAACAGGGCUCUGCAGUCUCUUCUGUGCUUUCAGACUCUGCUCACCAUUCAGUAGCUUCUGCUUUAGAACUGCUAUGAAGUACCUUUAAGGGGGAAAUGAGCACUGUAAUUUUUAUUCCGAGCAGUGUUUUGUGGGUUGUGGAGUGGGGUUGGGAGCACGGGGCAGGGCCACUCCAGCUGUGCACUGGAGUUUGACCCCUGGCACAGCCCCUGGGGCUUCUCUGGGGUUUAUUCAGCCCCUGGGGUUUAUUCUCUGGGCUUUAUUCAGCCCCUGGGGUUUAUUCUCUGGGGUUUAUUCAGCCCCUGGGGUUUAUUCUCUGGGGUUUAUUCAGCCCCUGGGGCUUCUCUGGGGUUUAUUCAGCCCCUGGAGUUUAUUCUCUGGGGUUUAUUCAGCCCCUGGGGUUUAUUCUCUGGGGUUUAUUCAGCAUCCAGGGUGCUCAGAGGGAUUCCCCAGGUGAGGCCUGCCCAGGGUGGCUUUGCAGCUCCUGUCCCUGGUGCCUUAGCCCUGCUCACAGACAGCAGCAGGGAAUUCACUGUCCUGAGCCCCUGCGCUGCCAAAGCACUGCGGAAAAUAUGCAAAAAAUACCCCAAACAGGCAGAAAAUAUGCAACUCUUCAACCUCGCCUCUUGCUAAGAUGUUUCAUGCUGGGGUUUUUUAACCUUAAUUAAAUGUUUGUGUAUUCAGCAGCUCAGACCAUUCCUGGUCCCAGUGAAUAUGCUGUUUGUUUCCAAGAGAAAAGGUAUUUACACUCUAAUGUGCAGACUGGAAAUUUUCUAUUGCAUAGUAAAUUUAUCUAAAAGUUAAAUGAAAGUAAAUUGAUCUUUAACCCACCAAUUAUGGCUGAAUUUAGCCAGGUGUUUAAUCCAAAAGACAUGGAAUUUAAAGUUUAGAAAAACUCAAUGCAUUUAAUUUCUGUUUGAUCCAAACCAAGUUUUGUCCCUGUUUCCUUCCUGCACUAAAAAAUGAUCUGUUUCAGUUUGGUCCAAUCUUUCCUGCCUUUUCCCCUUCCCAGCCAAGACCUGUUGGUGUGAUCCCCAAACUGGAAGCCCAGAGUGAACCCAGCCUUACAGCUCAGAACAUUCUACAGAAAUUAUUUUAGUUGCACCAGGUCUGUGCUGGAUUUCUGCAGCUGGAACACAGCAGAACUGCACAUCACACAUUUAAAUCCAUGGGCUUUAUUCUCAUGUUUCCUAGUGCUAAAUAACUCCAGUGGUUGACAGCUAACUCCAAACAGAGGCUCAGUAAAAGCUAAAUAUGCAGAUGGCAGUGUCUUUAUUUUGGCUUUUCUGUAUGGUUUUCUCCUAGCCUUUUCUGCGCUGCUCUGUCUUACAGCUGUGCAAAUAUAUGGGCUUUUCUUGGCCUGAAAAGGAUUUUUUUCCCCCCAAAAGACCCUGUAGACAGAGCCCUUGGUAUGUACAGAGGAGAUGGAAUAGAGGAGUGCUGUGAUAACAGUGGUCAGAGUUUGUGUUGUGUGCAGACAAUGUAUUUAAGCAUAUUUUUAUACUGGACCAUAUGAGUUCUUUUGGUUUUGAUUUGUUUCUUUGGUUUUCUUUUGGUUGUUUUACACCGUGACCACAAAUGCAGAUUGAAACCCUCCUUGAUCAUUUUCCAAUCAUUGUGUUAUAGCACAAAGUUCUGUGAAUGAACCAGACAACAUAUAAAAGCUUUUUUUUUCUUUUUAAUUUAAGCCUAAUUUUUAAGAGUAUUCCCCUCUGCACAAUUUUUAUGACCUACAUUUCCUCCUGUGCUGCAUUGGUCAUUUUGUGACCGCCCUGUGUCCAUUUGGAAAAAUCCCCAGACAGGAGACACAGCAGUGACACUUAGGCUGCAUCAGGUUUUCAUCCAGGUGUGCUCUGGUUUAAAAUUGUUCACCAGAACUAAGACAGGCAUGAAAAGGUGUUUGUUGUAUACUCUAGAAUGGGGCAGGCCGUGUUAUGAGGGAGCCCUGGUCACCCUCCCCGGUGUCUCCAUUAAGACAAACAUGAAAAUUGUUUGUUUUGUACUCUUGAAUGGGGCAGGGCAUUGUGGUGAGGGAGCCCUGGUCACCCCCUGUGUCCCCCCUGGCUGCAGGGGCUGGGCAUGGAGCAGUUUUCCCUUGUUCUUGGCCCCUGAGGUUUGGAGCACUGAAUUUCUCACACAGCACCAGGGAUGGGGCUGGUGAAACUCCCCACCAAGCACAAAUGUGUUCCCUUGCCAUGGAUAUCCAUUCUUUUUGUUUGAUUCAAAGUGUUUUUCUUGGUACUGAAUGCAGCAAAUGUUCUGAAUAAGAAAUGCUCAAAUGAAUCUUUAAACAAUCUCUUUCUGUCCUCAGUCUCUUGAAGCUUGAAAAUCUUGCAGUUUAUUUAUGGGCUUGUAUAUAGUAGCUAUUACAAUAUUUUUUUUUGGACAGCAUCAUUUUGUCAACAGUAUGAAAUCUUAAUUGAAUGAAAUGUGAGUUUUAAAAAUAGGUAAUGUAGCAAGAAUGACUUUGCCAGUAAUUAGUAAAAUAAUUUAGUUUUGUUGUUUUUUUCUCCCUCAAAUAAAGAAGAAAUCUUAAUUUCCUAAAA